AUGGGCGAGCGCUACUUGGACGUGGUGUUGCAGAAGCCGGAUGUGGAUCUCUUCAAGGAGCUCUUCCGGCUCUAUCCCCUAGCAGAGGUGGACGAUUACUUCAAGGGCGGAGUAUGGCAAAGGGAGCUCCUAAAAAUGGACAUCCAGGCAAUCUUCGCACAUCGCGAGGAGGCCGGCGCUCCGGAGGCGCCGCCCUUGGAUGAGAUCACCCUACCGCCCUUGCCCAACCAGCCCACGCCCAAUGCAACCAUCAGUCUCAUGCCCCUUGAAGUCAAGCUGCCGAAUGGAGAUGGGGAGACUCAAGUCGUACUCAAGCCACAGGCUGCGGUGAAUGGAACGGUAGUGCCGCCGAAAGCCAAGGCCAUGCCCCCGCAGCUCGCAGCGUCAAUACCGAAGCGGCCAGAGGGGCAGGUGGUCCCUCCACCAGCUCAGACAGCGGCAGCAACUCAGCCAGCGGUUGCAGCGACUCCCACUCCGGCACCGGCGGGUCCGACCGUGGCUCCGCGGGUGGAGUGGCCCCUCGUCCAAGAGGUGCGACCGUUCCAGUUCGACCCAGAAUAUGCCGGAUGUGGCCAAAUCAAAGUGCGGACGCGGCAGGCGUCCACAAACAGAGGAGAUGGACUA